CCAUCUCGCCGCCCCUGCCAGCGAUGGUCUAUAUCCCUUUUCUCAGCUCAGAUUGGGAGCCAGCGGGCAAGCAUGUCUUUAUCACGGGCGGAUCGCAAGGACUCGGAUUGGCGCUGGCCAAGCUGCUGGCUAGCAGAGGGUCAGAUGUCACGAUCGUAGCGAGGAGCGUCUCGAAGCUUGAGAAGGCGGCUGCAGACAUUAUGUCGUGCCGCAAGGACAAUGCUCAGCUCGUCUCCUUCUACUCGGCGGACUUAUCGUCCUUCGAGCAUUCUGCCGAGGCAAUAAAGUGGUCAGCCUCUUCAUCCGCUGCUACAAGCUCGCAUCCUGCCUCGUCCCCCGUCGGCCGCUUGGCAGACGCCGUCUUCUGCUGCGCUGGCUUCGCAAAGCCAGGAUUCUUCAUCGAGCAAACCGAAGAAGACUUCAAGGCGCACAUCCAGAUGGACUACAUGACAGCGCUCAGCACCUCGCACGCCGCGGCUCGCGCAAUGGCCGCCGCGAAUCACAAGGGCAAGAUCGUCUUUGUCUCCUCCACCGUCGGUCUCAUGGGCAUGGUUGGGUACGCGUCUUACUCGCCAAUGAAGUUCGCGAUACGCGGCCUCGCCGAGUCGUUGCGAUCAGAGAUGCUCCUCUACGGUAUUUCCGUGCAUUGCUACUUUCCGGGAACGAUCCUGUCGCCAGGGUAUGAGGUCGAGAACAGGACCAAGCCGGAGCUGACGAAGAAGCUCGAGGGCCCGCCGGAAGAUGGAAUGACUCCUGAGCAGUGUGCGAGGGGAUUGCUCAAGGGAGUGCAGCGUGGACACUUUUUCAUCACGACGGAUAUCCUCACCGAACUCUUCAGGGCUAAUACGGGGACCGGGGGAAGCGUGCCGGGAAACAAUUGGCUGCUCGACAGGGCAAAGGCCUUUGUCGCAUUGAUCGCCCUCCCCAUCUGGCGUCGCUUUGAGCACGAUCGGACCAUCCGCGCACACGCAGCACAGCAUCAUCGAGAGGUGGGCACCCUUUCCCUCUCCUCACGACCGUACACCAGCCUCUUCUUGCUGAGCCUCUUGCACCGCUUCCUCUCACUCUCGCUCCUUUGCAUCAUACCCUCGCUCAUCGUCCAACCCUUCGACUCAUCGGCCCAACUUCUUUCUCCGACUACUUCGUCUUCGUCUUCGUCACCGUGGCGACUGACCGACUGGCUCGUCAGGUGGGACUCGAUACACUUUCUAGGGGCAGCCAGUCCUGAGCCGCUUCCAGCCUCUGGGGACGGUGUCGGCGGUGGUGGAUACCAGUGGGAGCAGACGUUGGCGUUCCAGCCCGGCCUCGUUUGGCUGCUGAGACUGGCCGGCUACUCCGUGCAGGGCCGUUGGAGCCUCGACGCUGCAGUCGGCUGGACUACCGUCUUGGCUGUGCUGUCGAGCUCCCUCUGUCCUCCUCUCCUAUACCACAUCCUCUGCUCCGUCCUCUCCCAACCCCCGUUGGCGCUCGUCGCAGCCCUGCUCUCGAUCCUCUCCCCAUCUCCGUCCACCCUUGUCACUCCCACACCAGAACCCUUUUUCUCCCUCUUUGCACUUCUUGGCAUCGCACUCCUCUCCCCUCCCAUCGACGCAUCAACCAAACGAGCCUCAAGCAGCUGGUCUGGAGCUACGGUGCUUCAGGCUCUACUCUCCUCGUUCUGCUUCGCUGUGGCCGUCGCCUUUCGGGCAAAUGGUCUGCUUCUGGCAGGGUACAUCUGGUAUGCCCUGAUCUGGGACCGGCCAGUCUCUUCGUCGCUUCCUCUGCGACUAUCCUCUGCCACCACGCUCACCAUUUUCACGGCGUCACCCUUCGUUCUGUCUCAGCUGUGGGCAAAGGACCGCUUCUGCUCUGCGGCAGACAGGAGGCCAUGGUGCGACGAAGGGCUGGGCAUCGUCUACUCUUUUGUGCAGAGCGAGCACUGGCGAGUAGCAGAGUGGUCAAGUCUGGACAGUCAUGACAGAUAUUGACGAUGUCUUCUCUCUAUCUCCUCACCGCUCGCAGGGACGUUGGCUUCAUGCGCUACUGGCAAGUCUCCCAGAUCCCCAACUUCGCUCUGGCAUCACCCGUCCUCGUCCUUGCCGCUUGGGGAGCGUGGAAGCACAUCGUCUCCUCGCCACCCGCGGCUCUCCUUCAGCACCUCCUAUUGGACUGGCUCCAGCCGCAGAGCACCCGUACUCGCGCCCUCUUUCUUCCACGCCUCAUACCACACGUGCUCCUCUCCAUGGCGUACCUCUUUCUCCUCCUCUUCUGCUCUCAUACCCAAAUCGCGCUCCGUUUCGCCAGCCCAGCAUGGGUGGCUCUGUGGGCCGCAGCGGCAGGCUUGAUGAGCAAGAAGGCGAGUACCACCAGCCGAAGAUUCUUCUUGGCAUGGCUCGCUACUUGGAAUCUCGUCAGCCUUGUUCUGUAUUCCGCCUUUCUGCCACCUGCCUAAAGCAACGCAUCGAUGCUAUUCUCAUCUCACGA